AAACUAUUACAUAAACAGUAAAACAUUAAAUACAUGAAAACUAAAAAUAAUAUCCCACAAAAGACUACAGACGCAGUGUUACGUAACACUUCCGGCGCAUACGUGACGUCACAAAAGUGUCCGAGCAGACUGCGAACCACAAGGAGUCCGAAUGUGCUAUUUUUACACAUUUGGCCCUCCAAUUGGUCUCCCCACUUCGCCCGAUGCUUCCCGCUAUCCUCCGCUGUGCCCGCCACGUCUCCUCCAGUGUGUCCUUGCCCCGUCCCCUGUCUCAUAUCACAGCCCGCAUGGACCCCCAGCGUCCCGUGGAGGGGGCCAUCAGGGCCAAACUAACAGAUGCCUUCCAGCCGACCCACUUGGAGGUGCACAAUGAAAGCCACAUGCACGCCGUGCCCCCCGGCUCUGAAUCCCAUUUUCGGGUGUUGGUGGUCAGCUCACGAUUUGAGGGCGCGUCUCUGCUGCAGCGCCACCGUCUGGUCAACGAGGCGUUGAAGGCAGAGCUAAGCGGUUGUGUUCAUGCGUUGGCCAUUCAGGCUAAGACGCCGGAGCAAUGGGGGAGCGACCCGGCCCUGGAGAAAAGCCCUCCAUGCUUGGGGGGAUCCCGCGGAGACCACACUAUGGAGGAGAAACUGAAAGCUGGUCGUUGACAAGGACGCUCCCCGUCGGACAUUGUGUGCUUGCUCUUGGACUUCUCGCUUCCAUUUGCUCACAUUUAUACAUCCUGUAUAUUCUUAACUUAAUGAUAUGGUAAGCCGAACUUAUUUGUAGCAUUGUUGCAUUGUAAUAAAAUUGGAAACACACAAUUAGCAGCGUUUGUGUGUUUUUACAUAGUUGUCUUUAAGAUACCAAAUACUUUCUACCUCUACAAAGAUGACAAUACUGUGUUUUUAUGUACUGGUAUUACACUAUCAUUCGCACACUCUCACUUAAUGGGCGUGUAUGAUGUAGUGGUAGUAACACUAUCUCGCCACAUGAGGGCAG